UGAACCGUGAACGAGGAUCGUCAUGGUCCUCAUGGAGUGUUAACCCUCACAAGAAAGACAGCAGCAAUACGCAAUCCCACGCAAGCCCAUCCAAUUAUUGUCCAAUAAACAAACCUCAUCAAAUCCUGAUAGAUAGAUAGAUAGAUAGGUUAAAGAUUUCAUCUUUCUUCUUCUUUUCCUUCAAACAAUCAAAUCCACCCACGGCACCCUCUCACAUAAAAAAAAAUCUCAGAUUUCUUCAUUCCUUCCAUUCAAUUCCAAUCCAAAAUGGAUCAACACCACUUCCUCCACCACCACCACUAUCACCACCCCCAAGAACACCGCAAUCGAUACACCUCCCUCACACCUCAAUCCCACCUCCACAGUCACCACCACAAUAAUCUUCCUCCACCACCGCCAAAUCCUUCUCCGCCUCUUUCCUACCACCGCACACCGCAACCCUACACCCCUCCUACACCCCAACCCCAACAUCAACAACAACAAUUCCCUUAUACACCCCUCCCAGACCGCCCUCUCGAAGAAGAACCCCAACCUCAACGUCAUAUCCCAUACGAUCUUCUCCCUCGCCGCACCACCACCCUCCCCUGGAACCCUAACCCUAACCCUAACCCUAGAAUUCCUGAUGAUUUCGACCGCGAUUAUCACCACAAACACCACCGCCCUCUCCCGCCGCCCCCGCUCCCGAUCGAAUCCCACCGCUACGACCCCGACCGGCACCACCACCCCGUGGAUCCAUAUGAGCAGAACCCUAGGGAGCCCCUCGCGUGGGGCGGCGGUGGCUACCACGCGCCGGGCCAGGGCGAUGUGGACCCCACGUCCUACGUCCGUGUGUACACCGUGGAGUCCGACGCCGACGUGGCGGGGAGAACAACCUCCAAGAGAUGGGUAAUGAGUGAUAGGGAUAGAGGAAGAGAGAUGCACGAGUCUUCUUCUGGUUUAGUGAGUAGUAAUGGUAACAGUGAGAAGUAUUAUCAUGGUUCUGAGAAUAAUAUGAUGGGUAGGUAUAGUAGAGGGAAUAGUAGAGAGUGUGGUCAUACUCACGAAUUUGAACGCACUCCUCCGAAGAAACAGGUACAGAAGAAGAGUGCUCUUCUUAGGAUUCAGACGGUUAAACCUAAUAAUAAUCAUAGGAACCGCGAGAAUCGCGAGGUUGAGCAGUUGCGGUACCCGGGUUAUGGUUCUGAGAAUGGAAAUGGUUUUUACAGGGGGAAGGAGCAGUAUUUUGGUCAUGGGGUGAAGGGGGAAGAGAGAGAGGAGAGCCCUGUUGAGAUUGAUAUUUCUUUUGAGUCCAAUUCGUUGGUUGCGAAGGCGAAGGCGGUUGUGGCGCCGCUGCCACCACCUUCGAGUUCAGUGUCGGUUCCUGAUUUGAAUGUGAUGCCGGUUUCGGAUUCGGAUUUGGUUUACGGGGAGAGGAGUAAAAGGGUUUCAGGCUCUGAAGGAGAUUAUUCUGGUAUGCAAUUGCCGCAACCAGUUAGAAUGUCUUCGGUUGUUGUGGAUUUAAAUAGGUCGCCUUGCAAAGGGAAUGAUAGCUCUGGUUCUAGGAAGGAGGUUAUCAGGUCGAACAAGAAGAAUGUUGAUGAUGGUUCUUCUCGGUCUCGCACCAGGGAGGCUGAUGGUUCCCGUGGGAAAAAGGAGGUGCCUAAUUUUGUUAAGGUUGGCAAUGUUGUUUCUGGUAAAUUGACCUCGAAGAUUGUCAAGAAGAAGAAAAUUGUUAAGAGAGUGGUGAAGAAAGGUACUGCAAGUUCCAAGUCAUCUGCGUCAAAUUCACUACCGGCUAAAACCCUUCCUGGAACUGUGAAAGCGGAGAGUGUUGCACGUAUUUCAUUGACUGCCUCUGGUCCUGAGAAAAUUGAAGCUAAUUUGGAUGAGAAAAGCAACACUGUCAUCCAAAGCAACACUGUUGAUGAGGAGGCUAAGCCUGACUGUUUGCCCCCUUUACCAAAGGAAGGGAAUGUAUUGAAAGAAGAUGCAGAGGUAGGCUUAUUGCAGCUGAGUUUGGGGCCAGAUUCCAGGUCACAAGAGUGUAAGAGUGACAAAGAUUCUGGUAUUGGGAAAGUAUCCAGGUUUGAAAGAGAUGGAAACAUUUCAAAUUCUCUAUCUUGUGCUUCUAUAAGUGAAGAUAAAAAGAGUGAUUCUGAUUGUUUAGAUGCAAAUGAUUCUGUCCAUGACAUUGGAAAUACUAUUUCUGUUCAUGAUAAUGCAAAUACAUCUGAUUGUUUAGAUGCAAAUAAUUCUGUGCUAAAUACUUACAAGGUUACUAAAUCAUUAAGUGGAAGUAAUAUUUCCGUAGUCACUAACAUCGAUUAUGAUAAUAAGCAAUUAUGUCAGAAUGAAGUGUCUCUAUCACCUGGGAAAUAUUCAAAUGUAGGAUCCCCACAGAAUAGGAAUCUUGAAGAUGUAGGGGAUGAACUUUUGAAAAGCAGUGAUACCUUUUCAUGUUCAGGAAAAACUAGGAUUCAGGAUGGUCUAGAUUGCCUACAACAUGCCAGUGCACUGAAGCACAGUUCCGAUAAUGGAUCAUCUAAUUUAGAAGAUAGUACUUGUGUUGACUGUUCUGGAAUUAUGCAUUGUGCUGGAAAGCAAGUGUCCCCUGGUGAUGUCGUCAUAUCCCCUGAGAAUUGGGACACAGAAAAAGCAUUCCCAAAUUCUAAUAUUUCUGCUGGAUCUGGUGAAGGGGACACAAAUAAGAUAAAAAAAAGAAGAGCUAGAACACUCUUAAAUUUUUUGAGUUCAGAGAUGGAGUGCUUAUCUUCAAACCAUGUAAAUCCAGACAGCCUUGCAAAUAAUGUGGAUGGAGGCUCUAGUCUGUUGUUGAAAGAUCCAUCUCCUUCAGAAGUUUUAGAGCAACCUGUUCAAAGCUUAGAUUUUAACUCACUAUCCGGCGUGAAUGGGGUUACUGCUUUACAUGGAAAAGGGGGGGUUUUAGAGGCUCAGUUUUGUGUUGGACAUAUUGACAAUGAUGAUGCAAAUGAGGUUUCACCAGCUUCUAAAAGGAAAAAAGUCACAGCUAACCCAAAUUUCACAAAAUGUCAAUCGGAAUUGAGUGCUGUGAUUGUGCCUUCCACCACAUCUGAAGCUCCUAUGAGUUUCAGUGAUAACCAAGAACAUCAGAAAGAAGUUGCUUUUGAAAGCAUGGGUAUGAUUAUUCUGUCUAGUGCUCAGUCAAUGCCUUAUUCAGAGGAUAUUACUAAAAUGCCUGAGAAUGUUUUGGCUGGGGGAUCUUUUGAGUCUAUUGAUGCAAAUAAGGAAACCAUGAGUUCUGAGCAUUUGGAAUUGUGGCAUUCGGAUAUAGUCUCUUUUUCACCAUGUGAGGACUUGGCAUUUCCAAAUGUUCAGUUCUCAUCAUUGGAAGGUGAGUGCAAAGAAAACACUACUCCAAUUGUGCCUACAAGUAAUAUUCAAACAGAUAUUUUGGCUGUGGGAAAUAUAGCUGGAGAAAAGACUGAUUUACAGGCCGUUGAAGAAAAUUACCAGUAUAGAGAGCAUGUACAAAGGUCACCAAGAGCUGAUAUGGAACCUAAUGAUCACAAUAUGAAGAAUGAUUUGCUUGCUCAGUGGAACCUUAUGUCCUGUCCAGCCAGUGGUGAUGAAGUCACUACAAAUAAUUCAAAUGACGAAGUGAUUGAGGAUGCACCUGGAUUAUCAGAUAUGUUUUCUCAAGGGAUGGUAUCUGAAGUACCGGAUAGAAGGGUUUUAGAAUUUACAGCAAUCAACGAUGAAAAUAUUUUUGGAGUUCAAGAAAAUCCAGAUAACAUAUCUAUGGUUGGACAUGAUUCCAACUUAAAUACUUCAUCAAUACAGCAGACUAAAAAAAAUAUGAAGUCAGAUCAUGCAAUUGAACAUAGUAACCUGAUCACAAAGAAGACAAUGUCAGAACAAUCCCAAGUUUCUUCCAAAGUUACAACUCAGGCUCUAAAUUCAUAUUGUUUUGGGUUGAGUGGGACCAAAAAUCAGUCAGGUAGUAUCAUUCCCAAAACUUUUCCAGGUCAUUCUUUCACCUUUUCAAAGACAUCUGCCUCCUCACCUCAUGUAUCAAAGCCUCGAACUUGGCAUCGUACAGGUAAUAAUCCUCCGGCUUCUCUACCUAGAAUCAAGCCUUCAUUAGGAACAGUUCCUCCCAAAAAGCCAAUUCUAGAAAUGAAAGGGAACUUUCAAAAUACCUCCUAUGUUCGUAAAGGUAACAGUCUUGUAAGGAAACCUACUCCAGUUUCCACUCUACCUCAUAUCUCCUCUGUUAAUCAGACAUCUUUGGGCAUAGAUGAAAUACCAAAAAGCAUUAAAUCUGGAGGGAGGGCUGAUGUGACAGAUAAACAAAUGUACUUGAGAACAGGAGCAACAAAUGCUCCACAGCAGAGAACACCUCCACUACCAAUUGACACCAAAUCAGAGGAAAAUACAUCUUCCUCAUUGGUAGAACCUCCUUCUGGUGGUUGCUGUGAAAAUGCAUCAGACCUUAGGAAAUUUAUAGAAACUGAUAAUAUUGCACCAAACUCUUCUGAAGAUGCACUGAAGCAUUAUGAAACUUUAGAAAAUCAACCUGGUCCAUCUGAUAAUGGGGAUAGCCAAGGUGAAGCAAUCGAUGGAAAUGUUUUUCCUUUGAAUACAAAGAGAAUAGUAUACAUAAAGCCCAAAACAAAUCAAUUGGUUGCAACAUCAAAUUCUUGUGAUGUUUCUGUCUCUACUGAUGACAAUCUCCAAACUGCCUUCUCUGAUGGCUACUACAAGAGAAGAAAAAAUCAAUUGAUUAGGACUACAUUUGAAAGCCAUAUCAACCAGACAGUUGCAAUGUCCAAUAACACGGCAUAUUCUGGCGGACAAGGAACUAGCAAUGCUCUUUGCAACAGGAGGUUUAGUAAGAGGCGGACACAUAAGGUUGGUAGGAGUUCAUGCAAACGUUCAAGAGCCUCAUUAGUGUGGACACUCUGUAGCAAAAAUUCUUCUGAAAAUGACAGGGACUCACAACAUUAUCAAAGGGCUUUACCUCAAUUGUUUCCAUGGAAAAGACCAACAUUUGCUUCAAGCUUGAAUAACAGUUCCUUAUCUGCAAUCAGCAAAAAAUUGCUUCAGUUGAGAAAGAGGGAUACAGUUUACACUAGGUCAAUCCACGGGUUUUCACUUCAGAAAUCCAGAGUUUUAGGUGUUGGCGGGUGUAGUUUAAAAUGGUCCAAAUCCAUUGAGAAGAAGUCAAAGCUAGCUAAUGAGGAAGCCACACUUGCUGUUGCUGCAGUAGAGAGGAAGAGGAGAGAGCAGAAAAAUGCAGUUUGCAUCAGUUCUCAGUCAAAGAGAGAGCGUAUAUUUCGCAUUGGUUCAGUUCGCUACAGAAUGGAUCCUUCCAGGAGGACACUUCAGAGGAUUUCAGAUGAUGAAUCCCUGUCCUCUGCAUCUACCUGUUCAGGUUUGGCUUCCAAAAGAGCUUACAUUCCAAGGAGAUUAGUGAUUGGAAAUGAUGAAUAUGUCCAAAUUGGCAAUGGUAACCAGCUUAUCAGAGACCCAAAGAGACGAACUCGAAAAUUGGCAAAUGAAAAAGUUAGAUGGAGCCUGCACACUGCCAGACAGCGAUUGGCGCGAAAGCAGAAGUAUUGUCAGUUUUUUACUAGAUUUGGGAAAUGUAACAAGGAUGGAGGGAAGUGUCCUUAUAUUCAUGAUCCCUCAAAAAUCGCUGUCUGUACUAAGUUCCUGAAUGGUUUAUGUUCUACUCCCAACUGCAAAUUGACACAUAAGGUUAUUCCAGAGAGAAUGCCAGAUUGUUCUUAUUUCUUGCAAGGCUUAUGCUCAAAUAGAAAUUGUCCAUAUAGACAUGUCAAUGUGAACCCCAAGGCAUCUAUUUGUGAAGGAUUUCUCAAGGGGUAUUGUGCUGAUGGGAAUGAGUGUCGGAAGAAGCACAGCUAUGUCUGUCCUACUUUUGAAGCAACAGGAACCUGUACUCAAGGAACCGGAUGCAAACUUCAUCACCCCAAAAAACAAAGCAAGGGAAAGAAAAGGAAGAGAACUGCAGAUCAGAACAACAGUAGAGGGCGUUAUUUUGGUUUUAUUCCUGCUGAUGUUUCUAAAUCUGGGAUGAUGGUGGCUCCAAAGCGACAUAGACAGAAUGGUGAACUUGAAGAGGAACUUUCUGACUACAUCAGCCUUGAUGUUGUGAAUGAAGAAGUUGCAGAUGUGGUCGAUCAAUCAUUUGAGCCAGCAGCUUUCUGUGACAACGAUUCCUUGGAUUUACAGUUGGAUGAUUUUGAUGGACUUAUUAAACCAGUUCUUCUGUUGAAAACAAAGUUCACAUUGCAAUCACCUCAGUCUAGUAGCCUCCAAGCUUUUAGGCAAGUAGCGGAGACAUAGGUCGUUUGUAAAUGAGGUAAUUUAGGUAGUGCAAAACCCUUCCCCCCGCCCCCCUCAAUUCUUUUUUAGUCUCACUUAUUUUGAAUGUAUAAUGUAAACAGGUCAUCCUCCCCCUCCCCUUCAUUUUUUGUGGAUUUACAAUUGUACAUUAACAUCUGGAAUAAUAGAUAAGAAAUUUUUUUUUUUCUCUCA